UAGAAUAGUUACAGACAGCAACAUAUCACCCCUGCCCUGUAUUGACACACAAUGAACAAACUUCCCAACCACUAACUUUAAAAUUCACUUGUGAUACUCGUGCUGAGAGAACAAACAUCCAAGAUGCCUGUCGACUACAGCGGGACAUGGGACAUUGACAGCAAUGUUAAUUUUGAGGGAUACAUGACUGCUCUUGGCAUUGACUUUGCAACGCGCAAGAUUGCCUCGAUGUUGAAGCCACAAAAAGUGAUUACACAAGAUGGGGACCGUUUCACAAUCAGGACGCUCACCACGUUCAAAAGUUACGAGCUUUCGUUCAAAGUUGGAGAGGAGUUUAAUGAGGUGUCCAAAGGGAUGGACAACAGGUCAUGCCAGACUGUGGUGAACUGGGAAAACGAUAAGCUGGUGUGUGUCCAGAAAGGAGAGAAGAAGAACCGAGGAUGGACUCACUGGAUUGAGGGAGACAAGCUUCAUCUGGAGCUGACUUGUGAGGGCCAAGUCUGCAAGCAAGUUUAUAAAAGGACACUGUGAUCUUCAUAAACUUCAACUUCAUCUACAGUAUUUGCUGGCAUAAUCCACACAAUGUUGUUAGCGCCUGUACUUAUAAGCACAUUAUAUGAAUGUUGAGUGAUGUUGCAGUACCUCCUCCACACCACACGAUGGCGCUGUUAGAAGCACACAUCAAUAAAGUCACUAAACUGGA